AUGUCUCAUCUGGUAGACUUCCUAUCUCUGAUCCUGCUAACAGCCAUCUGGGCAGUGUGUCCACUAGACAGUCUGGCCGUACUGGGACAGUGGAUACAGACCAACCUCAUACAGGUAACACACACACACACACAUAUCAGGACAUUUCAUGUGGUGAAAGAGAUGUUUAACUAUUCUCUCUGUCUUUAUCUCUCUCUCUCUGUCUUUAUCUCUCUCCCUGUCUCUCUCUCUCCCUAUCUCUCUCUCUCUCUCUCUGUCUGUCUGUCUGUCUGUCUGUCUGUCUGUCUGUCUGUCUGUCUGUCUGUCUGUCUGUCUGUCUGUCUGUCUGUCUGUCUGUCUGUCUGUCUGUCUGUCUGUCUGUCUGUCUGUCUGUCUGUCUGUCAGUUCAUGUUUGAUCGUCCCUACAGCAGGAUGUUGGAGGCAGAAGCUGAUCAAGUUGGACUCCAGCUGGCUGCCAAGGUACAGGAUAGGACAGUAACUCAACCUCACUCUUGCAUUCUGACUCUGCUGUAUAUCGUGACUAACCGGUCAACUGCCUACAGUGCACUAGAUGGCGAUGUUGUCAAUAGACAUUUUCUCUCUCUCCUCUAACCUUCUGCCUGUAGUAAUGUAUAGUCACCAUUUCUAUGACAACCAGACAGGCACUCAGGGUACACCUGUGUGUGUGCGUGCCCAUAUAUGUGCGUGCGUGUGUGGGUGUGUAACCCUAUCUGUGCCUUUCCCUCCAGGCGUGUGCUGAUGUUCGGGCAGGGCCAGUGUUUCGGCAGUAG